AUAAAUAACAUCCUCAGGCUCUCUAGUCACCCACACACCUGCUGGAACUCAAACAGGAAUCUGCAAACAGCCAAACAGAUUUGACCAGAAAUUAGGAAACAUAAUAAGUGCUGGUAUUUGAAUACUGCUGGACUGUCUUCGUGAAGCAGAACCAAAGAGAAAAAACAAAACUUUCAUCUUCAUCUUGAAGUCUAAGCUUAUCAUAAUGGAACGUAACUCAACAGAAACGUUGACAAAGGAAGAAUAUAUACACCUUUUUGAAAAUGUGUCACAGUAUGUGCAACAAAAUCCAAAGUCCAAGAACACACAACUCUUCUCCUUUUUGGCACUGCUAAACGCAUACAUUCCUGAGUCCUACCUCCUGAUGUCUGAGUGUCAAAAGAUCCUUGGACCACCUGAUCCCAUCCAUGGAGGCCCCCCCUUUGAAGAAAGAAUGGAGCCUUUUACUGUCUUCAUCAACGUAUCCAGUCCAAGCCUUGAACCUGUGUGUAUGAUUCACUCAGUGGCUGCAAAGAUAGCUGUGGGGCAACUAGCUAAGUUAGGGAUUUCCAGGAGUACUACAAUGAAAAACUUUAUGAUCUCACUUUGUGGAGAUCAGCCCCAACGGCAUAUAAUCCAGUUCAUCACAGAUAUUCUGUUAAAGAGAGAGAUGGGAGAAAAGGGUAAGGAUAAGUUCUCAAGGUUGACUGAAGAUAUAAGGAUGCAAGAGAAUGUAUACAAUGCUGUCUCUGUCUUGAAAACUGCAUCAGAUAAAUUGAGAGAGAAACCCAUUUUCCCACAAACCAUUUCCCGUCUCUAUUACAACAGCAGAAUCACCACUAAAUAUCAAAGAGCUGAAGAAUGGGCAAAGAAUGCCAUUAAAAGAGCUCCAAACAACUCUUAUGUGGCUGACACUCUUGGGCAGAUUCAUAAGAACUGUUUGAUGAGGGAAGCCAAGCAACCGGAGGAUAUCUUAUACAUGGCAAACGAGGCCUUCAGAGCAUUUAAAGAUGUGGAGAUGAAAGCUGACAAAGAAGAGGGCCCAGAAAUGAAGGACACAGCUGGAAUUGUAAGCAUUUCAAAUUCCUUCAACAACAGAGGCCUUUUUGGCUUCAUUCAAGUGGCAAAGAUAGCCUUUGAGAAACUCAAUAAAGAAAGAUCUUCAGAGGAACACAGGGGUUUCAUCCAAAACUUAAAAAUGGAAGUUGAGGCCAAGUUUGACUUUUUUGAAUGGUACCUAACCUACUCCAAGCCUGACAAGAAAUCUUUAGAGCCACGUUACUUCUGGAAGGACGUUGCUCUUUGUUACGAACACUACACAACAAAAACAGCAGCUGAAUCCACCAGCUUUCCAGGCCUUCUAGAUUGUCUGAAUCAUGGCCUUUUCACGUCAAAGGGAAGACGUGCUAGGUUUGAGGAGGCUGAGAAAACAGUGUCUGAUUUAGAGGCAAUCCGAGAUGAUUUGAAAACCGCCUACGAGGCAAAUGUUAAUGAUGUUGAAGCAGCUGAGAGGUACAUCCUCUCCAACAUCAUCUUGAGCAACAAGAUGCAUGACUUUCCUCAGCUCACCUCGGUGAAAGAACUCCAAACAAUAAUGCACAGAUUCUUGGGCACAGAAGUGAGGCGGAGAAGCCCUGAGUUUUACCUUUUGGUUCUCCUGUUGUUUUGGCCUGAGGAAGAGCCUCAGGUGGUGCAAGAAGAGGAUGAUGAAGAAGUGGAACAGUUGUCCACAGAGGAUGACCAAACCUGGGAGGAUGAGGACAGGGAUGAGGAACAAGAAACAAGAGCAGAGCCUGCACAGCUAUCUCCUGACCUCAUGUUUGACCCUGACCUGCAACAGCAUGUCACAUUCAUGGAGGAAGCAUUUGAGAGAGCAAAGUAUGCCAAGUACCUUCGAGGCCGUUACCUUUUGCCUCUGUUUUUUCUGGGAAAGGGCUCUGGACUGAGCAAAUGGAUUCACAAAUCAAGGUUGGAUGCAAUCGUGGAGCAAAAGGUGGAUGCUGAGCUAGCUGAUGAACAAGGUAAAAGAAUGAAAGAGAAAUGGAGGCGGAUCAAUAAAAUAUGGAUCAAGAGGGAAGUAUGGCGAGUCCCAGAAAUCCAAGAUAUCCUCCUUCCAGUCCAGGUAGAGGUAUCCCACUCUACCACGAUGCCAAUGGAGCAUGAAAAGAAGAAAGUGUUUGUUUGUGCUGGAGGGAAGAAAAUAAUGGCUACAACAGAGGUUGAACCUGAUGCUUCAGCACUGAGCCCACUGCUUUUCUAUCUUGGCUUCACCAUUCAGGGUCCUGUCAUCUUCAAAGCGGGAUUUCCUCCCAUGUCUGGACAGUGAUUGACAAGGAACACUUUGGGGCUGUAAUAAAGACGCAACAAACAUUCGCUUGACAACAUUAUAGACUUAAUACUUAAUUUGAAAAUUGACUUAACAAAGCCAAUGGUGGCAGUAAAUGAAAAGUCAGGGGAUCACCAAAGUCAGUAAGCUUCAUUCUCUUGGCACCAUGAAUGUCUGUACAUAAUUUCAUGGCAACCCAUUCAAUAGUUGUUGAGAUAUUUCAGUCUGGACCAAAGUGAUGGAGUGACCAACAGACCAACAUUGCCAUCCCGAGAGCCACUCUGCUAGUGUUGCUAAAAAAUGAUUCCUUUUGGGACAGAAAGAUACACGAAAUCAUGUACAAAUGACUAUAAGGUUUCCCCAAAAUACCCAAACUAUGUAACUGUAUAUAUAUAUGACUCGAUGCGAAGUAAAGCGUAAAUGUUCAGGGUCACCUGUUUCAGAAAAGUGUUUAAUCAACUGUAUUUAAUGUUUGAGGCUGUAGUAGAUGGUAGUGGUGGUAUCUUCAACUUAUGCCCCACAAGUUAUGUUCAUUUAACCAUUCUGCAUUAUAGAUUUUUGUGAAGGUGGAUGGCUGUAUAAAACAUUUUUCUUUCAAAAUCAGGUAGACAUUUUUAAUUGUUUUUAUUUAACCAUGAUCGACAUGGCAUUAUUUUUUUUCCUAAAAUGUACUUAUGAACAAACAAAGCUAAAUAGGAGGUAAAAUUCUUGUAUUGGAUUGUAAUUAAAUUUUUUGCUCAAGGAAGGUUAGUCUGACUUUUCUGGGAGACAUGGGAGGGUCUUUUAUGUAUUUAUUUUUCUUAACCUGUCUUUUCAUUUUAUUUCAGUUAUCCCUCUUGAGAUAUAUUAUAUAAAACGUUGACUCGAGUAAAAAGCACUUAAGUUUUUUCCACCUCUAUAGUUGCUCCAUUAUUCUGCAUCAUAUCUGUUUGGCUCAAAUUUCUGGAAGAAACAGUUCCCCUCUGAGUCUCCAGCUGCUGCUCCAAAAAACACCUGGUUUAAGACUAAGAAUCUCGCCAGACAUUCGAUACCAACUUUCGGUACUUUACACUUUUUAAUACUUUUGGUUCAAUACCCAGUCCUAGUAUUAGUAUUUUUCCACCAGAUGUUUAUUCAUGACAGACUUUAAAACAGCAUUUAAACCUCCAUGUUGGAUAAUAAAAUCUACUGAAAAUAAUACAACUGUUAAUUGAUUAAAUAAAAUAUGAAAAAUUAAAAUAAAUAAAAUAAAAUGUGUGUGUUUCUUU